AUGAUUGCUUCAGAGUCUGAAGAGUAUGACAGCGGCCUCCCUACUGAUAGUGAAUCCAGAACCCAGCAAAGAACAUUUUCUUCACAAAAAGAUGAUUUGUCGGAUUAUGGAACUGACCGCUCUUCUCCAGACACAGGUAAAGUGCUAUCGGAGAAGGGUGGCCCAUAUGAAGCUAAGAUUCAAGCCACCGCCAUGGAUUUAAGACAGAAGGCUGAAGAAAGACAUGAGGAGUCAGCAAGUAAAGAGAAGUCCCACACAGUGACGUGCACAAUCACCAUCUGUUUUGCCAUCCCAUCACCACCCAAAAAAGAAGACUACGAAACCAUUGCUGAUCAUAAAGGGAAGGGAAACGGUAAGCACCACAAGAAGGUCAUUGAAGCUCCGAAAGCCCAGAAAUAUUUCCACUUUGAGUACUUUCUUCUCCCUGAAGACACCGAACCCACCAAAGUGGAUGUAGUGAUGUUUGGGGUUGUGGCCAAGCUGUACAUGGAGCAUGAGACUCGGUUAUUAAAACCUUGGCAAGAAAAUGAGAAAAUUUGGUUGACAUGGAACCACAGCGUUGAACUCUGUGUCACAAAAGAAGUUUUAUUAAAAGCGUUAAAACAUCAGAUCCAUGUGAAAGUGUGGAGCACUAAAGACAAAGUGUCCGCUAAAGCUAGAUUUGAUCGACCAAAGGCUUUUCGAGUGUCAACUGUGAAACAAGGGGAAGACCCUGAAGUAAAGCAUUUAGUAUUGAAUCAGAGAAAACUUUUUGAGGACAGUCUGCCCCGACAGAGUUUUUUUCCUGAAAAAAAUGGAAAUGUAGUGUAUAAAGAUGACUACAAUACUGAAGCCCUGAAGCGUGCAAAACUUGAGAAAUUUCCACCUGCCAUAUUCCCAGAACCUAGCAUGUUGGACCUGGAGCUGGACACUUCAGUCAAAAGGUUAGAGAUGUCUAAUACUGGCUUAUCCGUCGUGGCUCAGUGUGAAAAAUCGCCAGCAGGACAGACUGGAAAGAAGAAAUCGGCAAAGAGCUCGGCAGACAUGAAAGUCAAUUUACAGGGACUCCAAUCGAACAUACAAUCUUCAAAAGAUCAGAAACUAGAAGCAUCAUCAUCCAAGGGAGAACAUGGUGUUCUGCACCAUCUGAAGCACUCUGAUACAGUUAUCCCAUAUGAAGUCAGGAAAAAAUCGGAGACAGAGAGGUAUGAAAACACGGCAAGCGCUCGAAUACCUCAAGGAGAAAGGAAGUGCUUGACUUUGAGCAUUGAUUUCAUGCCGCUCCUUGCGGGAGAUCUGUCAGUCAUCAGUCGUCUGCAGGAGUGCUCAUAUCAUAUAUUAGACUGUUAUGUGACUUUGGCCCUAAACACUCCAUUACUGUCCGAUCAGCAAAGACAUGAUCUCAAUCCAAUGGUUAUUCGCAUCCUUUCAGCUACAUGUCUCCCCACCUUACCAACGCCAAUUAGUGUUUUACAGGUAACGUCUCGGCCUGCUGCAGGAUGGGGCUCCAUCGUGGAUUACCACUUUACUUGCACCCCCUGCUGGCGCGUACUUGAAGUACCUACGCCGGUCACCCAGUCCCCCAUUACUGCAUCCGCAGUGGCAUGCCGGCAAUUCCACGUAAGUGUUGAGUUUGCCGAAGGGGUGACCCUGCUGCGCCUGAAGACGCCGGAUGCGAAGGCCGUUUCUCGCUCAGUCGUGCUUCGUCUGGCCUCCCUGCAAAAGGAUCUAGAGAAGUGUAUCCCAGUGUACUGCAGAUACAGAUUCCAGGAUCAUCUUUUUCACCAAACGCAUGGGCAGACACAUGGAACACACGUCUUUUUCAAAGACGUCUAUGUUGUUUUCGUAGGAACUAUGAGUCCUGGAAAGUUGCGUGAAUUUCUUCUUGGCCCGCCUAUAGAGAUUGAGGUACAUGAUCGAGAUCAGAAAAUACAGGAGAAUAUCAGCAGGCCAUCACUUUUUGGCAUGGAGCCUGAAGAUGAAAAGCUAAGUAAUGUCGGACUUAUAACUUCUAAGAGCACUAUUCAUAACCCCUUCACUCAGCGAGACAGGUUGUCGGAUCCUUAUGGAAUUGCAAAAAUGAGAUUAUCUGAACUGGUCUAUGGGGCAACAUACCUGAAUAUAUCUGUUCCCAUCCUCAGCUGUGAAAGUCCAGAUGCUACAGAGCAUCGCUCCGAUGGCAAAAGUGGUGGAAUAAUUGGAUCAGAUAUUGAUAGACAAGUGUCUCCCUUACCAGUAGGACAUUAUUUAGAUGCCCAGUCUCAUCUCAAAGUAAGAGUAGACCUGGCAGUGCCACUUUCCUCUGAGGCUGUGACUCCUGAUUGUCCUUUUGGACGUAUCAUCUACAUUUUUGAUUAUAAGAACAAUAAAUUGUUUCAAGAUCUUAUCAUGAAGAUAACAGAAAUCAACUGUCGUGCUCUCAGUCUUCAGCCUGACCCCAGAGGUCUCUCCUUGGAUGCUGUCUCCAGAGUGUGUUUAACAGAUGAUCAGAAAGGCGACACUUCGCUGGAUGUUAUCACCGGUAUUCAUAUCAUGGAUGGAGACAUUCACCUCUUUAUUUUAGAAGGUCUGCGACAAAAUGCUGUGAAAGAACUGUGGGAUACAGUGCCAUCCAGAGAAGCAGAACAGAAGGGAGGGCUGGAGAUUCUGUACAAUUCAGAUAUGACUUUUCACGAGCGUUUAUACAAAGAUCUUGGAGUGUUGGUGUGUCACGUCCAUCUGCACGAACCUCUGUACUCUUUAGUAAAUCAGCCACUUCUCUACAUCAGAGACAUGGUCCCUCCAUUAUGCUUCCAAGCUUUGUCCAGGUUAGACUAUCUCUGCAGUGCCAAGAAGUUACGAGAUGUCAUUCAGAGAGACCUCCUGCCUUCUGUAGAAAUGAUUCACCUGCUGAGUCGAGAAUUUGGAGUUCCACUUAAACUUGGAGAUUUGUUUGCAGAUGCAGAACAUACUUUCAGCAAAAAGCUGGUUAUUUCAGAGAAAGAAGACAAAGGUUUGCGAUGUCCUCUGCAUAUACCCUUAGAUAAUUUUAAUGAAAAUUACAUUCACUUUAAGAGGGAGAAUGAGAAUAACAAGACAAAAGACCACAUUCAGAUGAACAUUGACCGUGUUUGGCAGCUGAAUAGAAAGUUGAAAAAACUUGAAGUGGAGUAUGUGGAGAUUGUUCCUGUGGAUGGGGUGACUGUUCACAAUUACAGCUCGCAGACGCUCAAUUCUGCAGAACUGGCGCUAAAGAUUUUACGACAGAGAUUAGCUGCGGAACCAAACCACAGAUACACCUACUCUCUAGAUUACCAGUCAGCUACUGUGAGUCCAGUAGAUGUUGUACAGGAACUGAAAAAACAAGCUGCAAAGUCCAGAGCGGACUGGAUGACGUCAGAUGGUUUUCUGUAUCCAGGAUUCAGGAGCAGCAUUGAAAGCAACAAGCACCCCAAAAAACCAGAUGAUGCUCGGAUCCUGGAAUUAACCAAGGUCUGGAAAGAAAAUAUUCUGCACGCAAACAACCUCCAGCCCACGCUUUCCCGGGACCACUGGAGUUGGGCAGAUCGCCACCUUGAAUUUGACCUAUAUAAGAAGCCCUGUGAGAGGGGUUCUGUGUCUGCCCCAGGCACGGUCCAAGUUAUCGAUGAAACUUUGCAGGAAGAAGCUAUAGAAAGUGUUCAGCCCGCAGAUAUUAAGCAAAAAAUGAGAUUCCAUCGAUGUUUGCCUCAGACAGAGCGAACAGCACAGGGACCUCAUGCAAGUAACCAGCAGAGCAGACUUGAAGGACUGUUAAAAGAUAAAGGAGCCAAGUUGUCUCUGAGAAAGUCUGGUCUUGCACUUCAGCCCAUGCCAGCAUUGGCCGUAAUACCAAAGUCGGGAAGUAAUGGAAGCAAAAUGGGGAUCAACGGCAUUGGUUUUAUUCCAGGAGAACUUAAAGAUCACAGCUUGAAAUGGACUGACAAUGCUAUUCCCUGCCAUAACAUGAACCAUGAGACGUACCGGAAGCUGAGAGGGAAAGACUUUACCUCUAAUUCUACAGACCAUUCAGUCAUUUACAAGAGGAAAAUAAAGGAGUUGAGCGGCGAGGAGAAAAAUUCCUUCAUCCUCUUAAAGUCUGCACCAUCAGUUGUCAAAGCCAAUUCCACACCAAAGACGGCGGAUGAAUUUCAGAACGUUGUUCUGAUCCAGAGCCACAAAGGUUUUCUGCUUCAUAUUCAAUAAUUGGCAACCACCCAUCCUACAUACAGAUGACCUUUGUCAAUAAAAUGACACGUCAUAUGAAAUCAUGCUCUUUAGUCUUGUGUUACAUAUGCAGGAAGAUGGACACCGUAGAAAAUCACUGAGCGUCUGAGGACAAUAAUUGACUUCUAGAAAGACUGUUUUGAUGACUAUUACUUUUGCGUUGAGUAUGCUGCUCUGUCUAUAGGCAGAACGUUAUGGGGCAGAAGAUGCUGAGCAGCAUGCACAACAUCACAGGUUUGUAACUUUCUACAGGAUAAUGCUAGGUGUGUAUUUUUGGAGGUUAAUCAAAGUUCUCCUGUGCAUUUUUGCAUUUGUCUGGUUUAGGAAACCUAAUUUCAAAUCCCAUGGUAAAGGGGUUGUCCCACGAAAAAAAUUCUACAGUUUUCAAACCAGCACCUGGA